GUGGUGAUAGUUUCCUUUAUGAAAUUUUACAUGGUGAAUAUUCUGUUGGAGCUGGUUUUAUUUCUAUUUGUUCAAAAGUUAAAUGCCCAACCAGAGAAUUUGAUAUUCCACCCUUUGGAGAUAACGUAGAUAACAGCACAACGCUUAGCAUUAAAUUUAAAAUUACAUCAAGUACAACAAUAAAAGUUUGUGCUCUGAUUGUUCCAAACAUUGAUGAU